GCUGCCAUCCCUGGGACCCCACUGGAUUGCCCCAGACACCUGGAAUGGAUUUCUGAGGGAGAAGCUGGACUAGCAGAUGCAGAACUGAGGCUCUGAGAGGUAGAGUGAUUUUCCCAAGGUGACUCAGCCAAUAUGUAGCAGGGUAAGCAGGUGACUCGAGGGCUGGUCCUGCCCGCCACACGCUGUCUCCUCAUCUUCUCACGAAAGCACAGGGAACCAGCUGAUGGCCCCGGGAGUCAGCAUGCCGCGUGGCUGGGCCGCCCCUCUGCUCCUGCUGAUGCUCCAUGGCGCUUGUGGUUGCUCAGACCUCGUCUGCUACACCGAUUACUUCCAGACCGUCACCUGCAUCCUGGAGACAUGGACCCUCCACCCCAGCAUGCUCACCCUCACCUGGCAAGACACGAAUGAAGAGUUGGUGGAUGAGGUCACCUCUUGCAGCCUCCGCCAGUCCACCCACAAUGCCACACAUACAAAAUACACGUGCCACAUGGAUGUGUUCCGCUUCAUGGCCGACGACAUUUUCAGUGUCAACAUGACAGACCUGUCUGGGAACCACUCCCAGGAGUGCGGCAGCUUCAUCCUGGCUGAAAGCAUCAAACCAUCUCCUCCUUUCAACGUGACCGUGACCUUCCUGGGACAUUAUAACGUCUCCUGGAGCUCCAAUUACAAUUCGUACCCGCUCGUGGGCAAACUUCAGUAUGAGCUGCAGUACAGGAGGCGGGGAGACCCCUGGAGCCUGAGUCCAGGGAGAAAGCUGAUCUCGGUGGAUUCAAGGAGCGUCUCCCUCCUUCCCUUGGAGUUCCGCAAAGGCUCCACCUAUGAGCUGCAGGUGCGGGCGGGGCCCCAGCCCAGCUCCUACUUCCAGGGCACCUGGAGUGAGUGGAGUGACCCGGUCACCUUUCAUACUCAGCCAGAAGAGAUGAAAGGAGGCUUGCACACUGACCUGCUGUACCUCUUCCUGCUCGUCACUGUCCCCAUCCUUGUCUACUUAGGUCUGAAGAUCCGCCUGCCUUGGAGGCAGUGGAAGGUGUGGGUGCAGGUGCCCAGCCCAGAGUCAUUUUUCCAGCACCUGUAUGUGGGCCACAGCGGAAACUUCAAGAAGUGGGUGGGCACACCCUUCACUGCCUCGAGCCUGCAGCUGGGCCCCUGGAGCCCAGAGGUGUUUUCAACCCUGGAGACGCACAGCUGCUGCCCACCGCUGAGUGCAGCCCCAGGGCUGGUGACCAAGGUGCUGCCAGAGUCCGUGGAUCUGCAGGAGGCCGACAGGGUGCCCGAGCAGGACUGCUGGGGCCCCGGCCCCUCCACCGCAGACAGCCUGGGCAGCUCAGCUUACAGCCAGGAGGGAGACCGGCCGUACGGCCUGGUAUCCAUCGACACAGUGACUGUGGUGAAUGCAGAGGAGCCGUGCACCUGUGCCUGUACCUGUGAGGAAGACGGCUAUCCAGCCUUGAACCUGGACACAGGCCUGGAGUCUGGCCUAGACGCUGAGGACCCGCUCUUGCACACCAAGGCCACAGUCCUGUCUUGUGGCUGUGUGGCAGCUGGUGGCCCUGCCAGGCCUGGGGGCCACCUGGGCAGCCUGUUCAACAAACUAAAGCUGCCCUUUGAAAAUGAGGCUGGUUGGGUGCCAGGGCCGCCGUGGGGUGGUGGACUGUCCAGAGGGGUGUCUGACAGCGAGGAAAGCUCGCCUCCCGCUGGCCUGGACAUGGACACCUUUGACAGCGGCUUCGCGGGCUCGGACUGCGGCAGCCCUGUGGAGUGUGACUUCGCUGGCCCCAGGGACGAGGGGCCCCCGAGGAGCUACGUCCGACAGUGGGUGGUCACGGCCCCUCCGCCUGCAGGAGCCGGGCCCCAGGCCACCUAGAGAGGCCGAUCGGCUGUUCUGAACUGGCUGUGCCACUGGGCUGUGAAGGUGCGGUCACCGGGGCUGUGGUAGGCAGGGCCUGCAGCCUCUGGUCUCCUCGACGGGGCCCUGAGCCUGGAGUGUGUUGUGUGCAUGUGUGGCUCAGGAGCACACUGGUGUGCCUGCGUGUGCGAAUGGCAUGCAUGCCUGUGUGCACACGGCGACGCCUCCCUCACUGCCAGGCACACGGGCUGGCCCCUGGGUCACACACACUCGGAGAGUCUGGGCCAGUGCUGCCCACAGGGCCUCCUGGGCCCGUGCACAGCCAGUCCUCCUGGUCAUGUGUCUGCAGGAACCAAGAGAAGUCUCCACUGUUCCUCACCACCUCUUGGGGGGGAUUUUGGGGGAACAGAAUGGGACGUGCCCUAGGUCUGAGUCCUGGCUGUGCUGCCUCAGAUGAGCCCCCCCCCCCCCCCCCCAGCCACGCACACACCUUUUGGGCUGGGAUUUCCUGUCCGACCAUGUGAACAGCACGACCGAGCUUAGGGGGAAAUCAGCGAAGCUGCCCACCUACUGUGCAACCCAGAGCAGACCCUCAAUAAACGUCAGCUUCCUUCCUUCUGUGGUGGGACAAAGCUUGUGCUGGAGGUGGGUGGGGGCGAGAAAGCAGCCACAGCCCCGGGCCUGUGGGCCGUCCCCACCCAGCAGAGGGACACUCGGGGGUGUUUCCGGGCUUAAAAUCAGUCAGCCUUCUCUCUUAAGACGGCCUCCCACCAGUCAAAAAAUUUUUCUAGCCUCUUCUGCCUAUUUUUAAACUUCCCUUAUGCACCCAAGAAAUAUUUAUUCAGUACUGUAUGUGCUGGGCUUUAUGUACGGGUUGCUUGAGUACAGGUUGGGGACCACAAGGCCCCCGUGUCCCCAUGGGCUCUUCGGGUGAGGUCGGGGCCGAUAGGGACUGGCCCCCGUGACAGACACAGCGCUCCCGCUCCCCUGACGUCUUAUUUACUCAUCUUGGGGAAGUAGGGGGAAGUCAAGUUCUUAUUGAUGGUUUGUCAGAAUCUGUUGAAAUGUGAAUUAAAAAGCCAAGAAAAGC